AUGAAAGCUAAUUGUUAGAUUAAAUAGUAUUUCUACUUGCUAAUAGCAAUAGCAGCAAUUGCAUUGCUUUUUCUAUGCUUUUUAGACAAAGAGAUAAAUAAAAAUGAAAUAGUAGCAUUCAAAAAGUAUAAGUUUUAGCUUAGAAACUACUUAUUUUAAAAUGAGACAGUUAAGACUGACGAAGAACCUAAUACAAAGCCAUAGUUGAAUAUCACUAAGUCUAAGUACGAUAAGUAUCAAUAUGAGAUAUUGAAAUUAGAAAAUGGUAUAAAUUUACUGAUAGCGCAUAAAGAAAAUGUAGAAAAAUUAGGAAUAAAUAUAGCUCUCAAUGGAGUAGGAUCAUACAGAGAUCCAAAAGAUCUCUAGGGUUUAUCUCAUUUUGUCGAACAUCUUCUUUUUACAGGUUCAGCAAAUUAUUCAAGAAUUGACGAUAUUCUGCUUCAAAGUUCAUUAAAAAAUGGUUAAAUUAAUGGUAUGACUAUGCCUAAUUAAACAAUGUAUCCUUUUGUUUUUAAUGACCUUUAGGAUAUAGAAUUUUGUCUAAAGAGAUAUGUUGAUUUCUUAAAAUACCCUUUGCUUUAAAAAGAAGAAGUCAAAAAUGAAUUGCAAUCAGUUCACAGUGAAUUCGUAAAUCUUUUAGCCCACAGUACUCAGUCAAUUUUGUUUGUCCUGAAGGAUUUGGCUAAGAAAGAUCAUCCUUUUUUUGGGUUUUAAUGCGGUUCUGAAGAAUCUUUGAGUAAAGUUGGAGAUGAUCCUAAAUAGAUAGUGACUUAGUUUUUAGAAGAAAAUUACUUAAACGAAAAUACAUAUGUAACAGUAAUUACAGACAGCUAAUUGUUGAAUCAAACUAAAGCUAUGGUUUAAAAUGAGCUUUUAAAAUUAGAAAAAAAGGAAACCCAUUAAUUUAAUUUCAACAAUUCUGAUAUGGCAUUUGAUUCAGAAAAUAAAGGAAAAUACAUCAAAAUAAAUUCAUUAACAUAAAUAACAGAAUUGAGCAUAUUCAUUCCUUUGGAUGUUAAAUUAUCAUAAUAAACUAAAUCAUUUUAGUUUAUUACUUUUGUUUUUUAAGAUUUAAUGUCUAUAAACUACUGUUCAUAUCUUCUAAAAUACCACUAUGUUUCUGACUGUGAUUUAAUAGUUGAAGAAAUUACUACUUAAGAACAGUUCUUGGGCGUUUACAUGUCUUUGACUCAAAAGGGGUUUGAUAAUUAAUUUGAAAUAUCAAGACUCUUUUUCUAAUAUUUCGAUUUGAUUAAAUCUAAAUUAGAUAAGGAAGAACUCAAAAACAAAGUUUUAUAGGAAUAAUCAUACUAUUUUGAAAACUAGUAGCCAAUUGACGUUUUUACUUAUAUUACAAUGUUAGGCUACUCAUUUAUGUUUAAUUAGAAUGACCAUUUGUUAAAUGACGAGUAUGAUUUCACUAAAGUUGACAAAGAAGAAUUAAAUUACAUAAUUAAUUAGUUUAAUGCCUAAAAUGCAUUAUUUAUUUUAAGGAAAAAUUUUUAAGAUACAGAAGAAGAAUAAGCUUAAAGAUACUUUUAAACACAAGAUAAAGAGUCUGAAAAUCAGAAUGAUUUAGAUCUAGUUAAAAUAAUGAGAUUUUUAUAAUCAGGAAACGACAGCUUUUAAAAUGAAGUAAAGUAUUACAAUAUAAAAUAUAGUGAAUAUAAAUUGAAUGAUAUUGAAAUACAAAGCUUAAAUAAAAAAGUUACAAAUUUAGAAGAAAAUAUUUCUAUUAAUAUUCUCGAACUUAGUAUAAAAGAUUAUGAUGAAUCUAACAUUCAAUAAGAAAUCAAAGUUAUAAUUAAGUAAUUAUAAAGUACCUCUCAUUAGCUAAUAUUAAAUAAAUAAGUAUCCCCUCACAGUAUUUAGAAGAAAAAGAAUAAAUCUGUAUUUUAAAAACUUUCUGAACAAAUAUAUAAAAACACUUAAAGACCACAACUUAUUAAAACUAAAAAAAAUAUCAACCUAUGGCUUUAUUAAAACCACGAUUUAUAUCCUGGGUUAGCAUUUGCUUCUAUCCUUAUGAGUGAUCCUUCUAUCGAAUAAAGCUUGGUUUCUUAAUUCUACGUUGAAUUAAUUGCUGACUAUUUCAAUUUAUUUUUUGAUGCUGGACUUUUUUAUCCUACAUCUAAGGGUUUAUCGAUGACCGUUUAUGGAUAUACAGAUAAUUUGCAAAGAACUAUUUUUAGCAUUUUAGAAUCAUCUUUCGAUGAUGAAAAUUUCUUGAAUGAAGACAAAUAUUUAUAUUUGCUUGAAAGACACAGAAGCUAUAUUUACAGACAAAGAGAAAAUUACUCUGUUCUAGAAAUAUUUGAUUGGAUGAAAGAUAUUUUACAUGCUGAAUAUUUGUCAGUAGAAACGAAAUUAGAUCUUAUUAACUCAGAAUAAAUUAGUCUUUCUGACCUUUAAAAUUGGUUUAAAAGAUACAAAUCUAGAUUUAAUGCUGAAUUAUUUAUAGGCGGAGCUGUUACUUAGCACAUAGCUGAAUAGUAUUUAGACAACUUCAUAGAAAGAAUAGAAUACAAUAGCAUACCUGAUUUUGAGUAUAAGCCUUUAGCAUAUUAUGAUGUCAAGCAAAAGUCUAAAACGUUUGUUUAUAGAAGCAAUUAGACAUACUAUGAUGAAAAUAACUUUUCAAUAAUAAACUAUUAUCAAAUAGGAGAGCUGAAUGACAAAAAAUCAGUCAAGGCUGCUUAAAUUAUAAGCUAAUUUUUUAAUGCAUACUCUUUUUACUACUUGAGAUCUAUUUCAUAGCUUGGUUAUAAUAUUUUUUCGUUCGAAUAUUCUGUAGGAGGAAAAAUGAGGGCAAUAACUAUAGGCAUUCAAGGUCAUAAAUAUGCUCCAAAUGAAAUGAAUCACCACAUUGAAGUUUUGAUAGACUAAGUAUUCAAAGAAAUAAGCAAAUUGCCUGAAAAUGUAGAUUUUAAUUAAAUAUUGGACUUUAGAGGCUCAAGAUCUAACGAAAUUUACAGUUUAGGCUAAGCAUAGUAAUCAUUUUGGGAAUUAAUAGUUAAUAAUGUGUUAAGUCCUGAACAAGAAACGAAAAAAAAUAAAGAGAUUCACAUUACGAAAAGAGAAGUAUUAGUUAAAUUUAAGAAAUGGUUUAAAUAGCAAAGUGCUAAAAUCAGUUUCUAAGGAGAAAACAAAUAUAGAAAAAAUAGUGAUAAAAACUAAACCAUUUCAUAAGAUGACACUUUUUCUUUUUCUGAAGAAAAAUUGUAUUAUUGUCCAAAAUAAUUACAAUCAGAAUUAAAGCAAAAAUUCUAUUUAGUACCUGUGCAAAGAAAGCAAUGA